UGGUUAAUGUUAUGUUUAACCAGUUAACCAUUCAAAUGAGGGAGGGCUGGAGCAGCGCUGCACCAUGGAUGGGGGCUGCUUUGGCUGGGUUAGAGCACACCUGCCUGUGGUGCUGUGAGUUGCUCCAGCCAAACUGGGCCUACUGUGGGUGGGGGCUGCUCCGGCUUGGCCACCAGUUAACUAUUCACAUCACUAAGUUGAACAAUAAAAAUCCUGUGGCUCCUGACAAUCUUUUAUCUCAGUGUGAGAAAUGGCCAAACUGAAGGACUGAUUCUUCAAGGUCUUACUCAGAGAAGCAGUAAGCACUGCUCAAGUUUUGAAGUUGAGGGGUGUCUGUUUGCUGUGAGGACUAUGCAUAUGAGUAGGAAAUGGCAGGAUUUAGCCUUCUGAGCAUACGAUAAUGGAUUCCAUUUCUUUAUAAAUACAUGUGACUGGCUCUGCAGAGUUUAAGGGCUUCCACCAGUACGGGUGCAAAUGACAGAGACUAAUGAUGGAGAUUGGGAACCAUAUUCAUUUUGUAUUUGUACUUUUAUUCUUUCUAGGCUUUAUAUAUCUCUAGAUUCUAUAUCCGCACUUCUCAAAUGUAACCUCCAGAGGCUUUUCUUGAAGUCACAGCACUCUGGGCAUUGAAUGGGAGUAGGGAUGUUGAAAACAGUAGCCCCUUUCCCAGGGUCACCAGCAGGGGUUUGGCUCUACCACCCUCUGGAGCCACAAACACCAGAGGAACAGGCAGCCAUAUAUUAAAUUAAUCUCAAGAUGGAAAAACCAUUGUUAGACAAAUCAACAUCACUGUGCAGUACUCCAAAGGAGUGUGGGACACUAGCUCCUCAGAGCACUAGCUCAGAGAAAAAGCCAAUGAGCACAACUCUUAAGGAGCGAUUAAGGAAAGCAAGACGUUCAUUUAAUUCCAGUUUCACUGUGGCAAAACGCCUUAAAGUAGAUAUUGAAGAAAAAGAUUGCACUACUUCUGAAGAAGGGGCUCUGUUGGCAAAAGGAUCUUGUUCCAGAUUACAAGAUAAUUGUGAGAGCCUGGAGGAGAACUGUGCUGCAAAUAUAAGUUUGAAUAGUCCUUUACAGGAGAGACAUUGCUAUACAGCUGUUCAGAAUUCUCCACAUGCUGUGGUGUUGGGAGCUGGCCUUAGUCAACAAGAACUACUAGAGGAAAAAUUAAGAUUGCUGAAGCAGGUCCAAGAGAAGGAAGAGCUGCUUCGAAGACUCAAGCUAGUCAAGAUGUACAGAUCCAAGAAUAACCUCUCAGAAUUGCAGUCUUUGAUAACAAAAUGGAGACGCAGCACCCAGUUGAUGCUUUAUGAACUCCAGUCAGCCUUGUCUACAGAUGGCAAGAAACUGAGCCUCACUCUGUUGAUAGACAAUUUUGGAUUAGAAGACAAGUUGCUGCACUACAGUAGAACAGAAGACGACUUUACAGAUAUGUAACACAAUUACAAAGGUCUGCGUUAUUAAAAAAAAGUCUUCAGAAAAGAUUGAAUAUAAACUGAUUGCAUUGUAAGAAUUAAAUUAUCAUGAUAGUUUUUCAGUAGUGGACUGUUGUAAUACUGUUCUGUAUAUGCUGUAAGAGGCAGUUAUUUUCUUAAAGGGAUUAUUUUAUUUAUUUGUAUGGCAGAAACUUACUUGUUGAGAAUUGUCCUUGGUGGAUGUAAAAACAGAUGCAUCCUCUCUGAUCAGUUUUACAUAGUACAGUACAUCUCUUGUUUGAUAUAAUGGGAUCAAGUUAAGUGCUUUUUGUAGUUGUACUGAGAUGUUGAGGAAUUUAACACAUACAUAUUCUGAAAGUUUCUUCAAUUUGCUAGUCGAUUGAUGCAAGCCUUCUAAGGAUUAAGUCUAUGUGUAAUCAAAUUGCAUGUUGUCAAUUACUGAAGCAAUAUUGAGUUUCGAUACCUGGCUUUAUUUCCUGUGAUACUAGAAGCAAUACAUAUUCUAUUGUAUUUAACAAAAACAGAACUCUCUCUAAUGUAUUUAAAGUCACAUUUAAUUUACCUUUCUGCAAUAAUUCUUUGUAAAUCCCAUAGACAUUUCCUCCUCUUUGCUUCUUGUGUUUUAGUUCUAAUGUGCGAGUGGUAUUUUAUAAUGGUAGAGAUUGUGUGAGAGAAAUAGAUUCCAAAUUGUCACUGUCCUCCUUGACCGUCUAUUUAUUUUAGUUGUUUCUUCACUGAAUUUCUUUUUUUUCUUCAAAAUUCUUCAUCCUGUAAUUCAUUAGAACCCCAACUGCCCCCCACCUCCAGGAUGCACCAAAUCCUUGUACAUACCCAGAUUCUUAAUUUACUCUAAUUUUCUUGUAUUGCACAGGUGUCCAUUUAGUCUCCCUUCCUCAACAUUGAAUCACUUCUGAUGCAUCUGACGAAGUGGGUCUUUGCCCAUGAAAGCUUAUGCUCCAACACUUCCG